GCAGUCACCAGACACUUGUGGAACGAGUUGGAGACAACUUCUGCAGUUGCGAGCCUUUUCAUAUCAGACAGUCCGUUCGUUUGCCAGAGUUUGAGGUUAUGUUUGUUGGAUUCGCGGGAAUUCUAGUGACGUUAGCAACCCUUCUACCGAACAGUUACGUGAUUUACUUGCAGUGAUUUGAUAUGUGAAUUUUUGCCUUUUUUGAGGAUAUUAUUGAAGGUGAACAUGUUGAAGUGGUCAGUUACAAGGCGAAAUCAAGAACAUCCAGCGGAGUGCCCCCCAACUUCGGAUUUGGAAAUGCACAAUGGCGUCACUCCUCGUGUUCAAACAAAACGUCGAUUCUCCAACGCAAAACGAAAACGCCUCAGCUUACCCAACAAAAAAGUUUUGGAAUACGAGCAAGACAAGGAAAAUCAGUUUACCUCGACACCGAUAAAAUCAUUCGACGAUCUGAACCUCAUCGAGGUCUUCAGAGAUGUCAGUAAUCUUUCUCCAAAGGAUAGAUUCGAGACGAGACAUCCUGCAGUUCGAUUGGAGUCGAGAAAAAGUUUAGGUAAUAUCCUAGAACACAAAUCUUCUGCCCAAGUCACACCCCCUACAACACAAAAAAAGCUCAAGAAGAGGAAGAGCAUUCUGACUCCAUUUAUAGAUUUCCAAGUCAAAAGACGUCAAAACCAGAGUUCAGAGUUUUUCAAGCAUUUUGAAGGCGUAGACUCACAUAUAGGUGUAAUGCCAGAUUUGCCGAGCUGUGAUUAUAACGAGAAUACUCAUACUAUUUCUCCCAAUGAGUCGUCGAGGAAGAAAAUUGUAGAUAUAUACGCCCCAACUUUACCAACUUUUACCAUAGACUAUUCCCCAAGUUCCAUGAAAACUACUCAUUGCCUUCUUACUUUAAACAAAGGAAGUCCUCCAGGAUCAACCCCAAUGAAAGAGGUACUUGAAACAGCCACAAAAGACUAUCCACCAUUCAAAAGACCUCGUAUAGACCAUGUCAAUGAUUUCCUUCAACAAAUCUCUUUUCUCACUUCCCCAGAAGAAAACGGAUCAACUUUUGAUUACAAUUCGAAGUGUAAGAAGAGAGCUAAGAUGUCCCCUCUAGUCAAAAAAAUUGUAGAUUUAGGAUUUAGUAAUAAGAAAAAUGGCAAACAGAGUAGAAAAGGUAUAAAUGAUUCAUCCUUCAUAAAUGAUUUAUCCUUGAGUCAGAUCGUAGAUGCCAUUCUGGAUGAAACAGGUGAUAACUAUAACGGUAUAUAUGAAGACAGAGUUCCUAGACAAGAAAAUGAAUUAAACGAAACCCAUGAAGAGAAUAUGUUAAAUACAGAAUUUGAAAGAAACAAUACAUCUUUCGAUUCGGGUUUCAAGAGUUCUGCCGCUUCUGAAGUUUGUCAUCAGUUAGAGGAGAAUUCAAAGUGUAAAUGCAACAAUAAUAAUUUAGACAUUAGUGAGUUAGCUUGUAGAACAAUUAUUAAUUUAGAUGAAACGUUCAAUGAAAGGUGCGUGGAUAGGACUGUUAUAAGAAAACGACCGGCGACAAAUCCGAUCGAGUACUCCGAAAUGGAAACCAAACGUUUGAAUCUGACCAAAGAUGACGAAAAGUUCGCAUUGAAAAGGCAAAAAUGCGUUAGGAGACGAAAAACUAUAAAUGAAGACAAAUGUUUCAAUUUCGAAAACGGAAUACCGAAAUGCUCUACAUUUAAUGUCCCAACAACAGGUGCACCACACUGGCUGCUAGAAAAGGAUCAUGCAUUCAACGACAACUCUUUUGAAUCGUCCAUUGUGUCAGAAUCUGAUUUGACUAAAAUGACCGAUCUUCAUAUUCAUUCAUCGGAGGAAGAAAUUAUGAAUACUCCGUCGAGUAGAAAAGGAAGAAUACGAAAGUGUAAGCUGUUCGGUUCCUUCAAUAGUUUGCAGGCUCAAGGUGAUUGCAUCUCUUCAGAAGUUCCAUCUGACUACCCAAUUGGAGAAAUACAACUGAAAAUAACACCAAUCGACAACGAGUUGAUUGUCCAUGUUGUCAAAGCUUCGAACUUGAGAAGACCUUUGAAAGGACCAAUCAACUCUUAUGUGAAGGUUUACUUAAGCAAUCAAUCAGGAGCAGUGUACGGAAACGGAAAAACAUCCCAGCGUACGGCCGUGCAAGCGGAUUCAAAUAAACCCAUCUUCAAUCACGUGUUCAAGCUAGGGGAUUGCAAUAAACAUGAAAGGCUGCACAUCGACGUUUGGCACAGGGACCGAUCCACAAGGUCCAGCGAAUUCAUUGGAUGCACAUCAUUCUCCAUUCAAGAUGAUUGUCAGUCGGAAAUAUGUGGCACAUUUCAACUCCUACCUCUACCAGCAGGCAGAAAUCAGAAUAUUCCGAUAACCGCUAAUAAUUCGCUGAAGACGAUAGAAGAAAAACCUUUCCCUGAUCCUACCCACCGAGCAGCCAUGUGCGACAGUCAGUCUACGAGUAUCGACGAAAUGAUUAGCUUAGACGAAUUUGAGAAUUUCCUAGGGAACACGAAUAAGACUGCACUGAGCGAGCAGCAGAAGUCGGCUGAUGAGAAUCUCUUCCUUCGAUACUUGGAACUCGAUCCUAUCGAAGGACCAGAAGCUAUACCGGCUGCAACCCAGAGGAGAGCGACUGGAAUCAAGAAUGGGAGGACGCCAUUCACGCAUACGAAGCGAUUAAUGAAGUCUGGUAAAUCUGGUUUCGGAUUUUCAGUGGUUUGGACUCAUCCACCAAGGAUAGAAAGGGUGGAGAAGGGAUUGCCGGCCGAUAGGGCAGGAAUACUACCAGGAGAUUAUCUCAUUUUCGUCGAUAAGCACAACGUCGUCAUGAUGCCUGAAAUAGAAAUUUUGAAUUUAAUUAGGUCCUACGGAAAUCAAUUAACCCUAGAAAUUUUUCGAAGAAACUCCUCAAGAAACGGUUCUGUUCCAAGUGUCAAACGCAUAAACAGCGUUGGCACAGUAAGCUCAGUAGCACUUCCUACACCAACAAGUUUCGUCCCUCGUAGACCAUCUACAGUAUGUUCCACGAAUACAGCUUCCGUUGAUUGUAGCAGGAAGAAGUUGCAUCUACCUCAAGUCACAUUUAGUUCCGAGAAACCGUCUAACAAUCCCGAAGAAAAUAGAAAAAGGACAAUGUAUCAAUUAAUAAACAAGGAGCAACAAUAUGCAACAGGUUUGCAGUUUGCUGUCACAAGAUUUGUUUCUGCCUUGGCGGAAAGAAAUGACCUCAUAACUCCUUCAGAACACAAAGUACUGUUCCAGAAUUCUGAAGAGAUUUUAAGAAUAACUGAAGACCUAAUCGACAGUUUAGUUCAAGACGACGGUGAACUUCAAAUAAAUUCGUUAUGUAGAACUUACCAUUCGAAAACGAAAGAAUUGUGUAGUGCUUACAAACGUUAUUGCUCAGGAAUAAAGAGAGCAGAUUGUGUAUUAGCCAACAAAUCCAGAAAUUCGAAUUCGGAUUUCUAUAGGUUUCUGCAUAAGCCAGAGAUACCCAGACGUAGGCCGGACAUUACCACCUUCAUCCAUAAACCUUUAGAGCACUUUAGGGAGAUUCUGAAAUUGCUCUCCGUCAUUCAGAGUUUAACUAAAAGCACUCAUGAAGACCAUACUGUGAUAACCCAAAUAGUUCAGGAAAUGCAGGCAGCAUACAAGGAGAUAACUUCAGAAGCAGGGCUAAUGGAGCCUACGGGUGGUGGAAGACCACUUCUUACAGUACAAGAUUUAGAAAAUAGAUUAGUUUUCACCAAAUGUAAGCCUUUCAUUUUGAAUAAACCUGGGAGGCAAUGGAUAUUUGGUAGUGAUUUGAGUAGAAUAGAAGGAAGGAAUGUUAGACAAUAUUGGACGUUACUAUUCAGCGAUUUGUUGUUAUUUGCCAAAGUAUCGAGGGAUCGAGUGUUGUUCAUUACUGAAGAUCCACUUCCACUUGCUCAUGUUACAGAUAUGUUAUUUAAUGUUAGGAAAAAAGAAACCGAGUUUAGGUUAUCAGUUUCACCCGAAGGAAGGUUAGCUGCUAGUCCCACAAUUCAUUGUGGUCCCGACCUAUCAAGAACCCCAAAAAAAGGUGCUUCGAAAAAAACUGUGAUCCUUAGAGCGCCAACGGUAGAGCUUAAGGCAGUUUGGCAAAACCUCUUGCAACGGCAAAUCCUCUACAUAAACGCGGGCAUGGAAGGAAGUUCACUUAGCAGUCCAUUAGAUUCCCCCGAUGUUCCAAUCACCUCCUCCGUGGUGACCCUGCAAUCUGCAGAGUCGCUGUCUUUGCGACAGCAGACUCGACAUAAAUUAAAUCAAAACAGCAAUUCAGAAAUUGACAGGCAAAUAGAUGCCCUUAUAGAACAUAAGUGUAAACAAAUAAGCAAAAGUAAUAACAGUAGCAAAGCUAACGCUAUUCAUUUAGAGAAAUGGAUGAAGGGACAUUUAGAAGUAGGAUCAACAGUCACCGAAUUAGAGCCCAUGGGGGAAGAAUGGACACCAGAAAGGCUCAGGAAGAGGUCUGAAGAGCUGCAUUUGAUCGAUUCUCAAGGGAAUAUCAUUUGUCGAAAUAAGGACAACAAGGUAGAAUCUAUAGCUGAAGAAAAUCAUGUAUCUGAUUCCGAAAGAAGCCCAUCGAAAAGCACAUCAGAAAGUCAGGUAACCGUGAGGUCGAGUCCAAUUUUGCCUGAAUCAUUGCCCGUCUGCCAAAAGUGCCACAAAAGUUGCCUUACAAUAAAUGGUAGAAUUAGUAACGACAAUUCGAAUAUAAACCCAAAGACUGCAAAUAACGCGUUGGACGAUGAGUGGGGCUCCCUUUUCCUUAUGGGACUCACUGCCAUCAAUCCAGCAGCCAGCUUAUUACAAGUAGAUCCAUUCCUACCCAAUAACAAAAGUAAUCCCAAGGGUGGACAUUCUUGUGAUGUCGAUGAUCAAAGGGAUAACAAUCACGAGAGUUACGAAAGCACUCCUGAUGAUUCCCCUCUCUCAGAAGAUCAUCCCUACCAUUCUUUGAAUAGUUCCAACUUAACCAUACGUCGAUUUGGUACUGUGCCUAGCUUAGAAAUGUUAGGGACAGAAGAAGACUAUUCAGAAAAAGCGGAUAGUUCAGAAAAUGAGGAUGAAGAACCGUCACAGGCAAUAGACAAUGAAGGAUUUAACAGUUCUUCCGAAUUGACUUGGACAGCUAAAGCAGGAAUGUUUAUGGCAGAAAAGAUGGCGUUUUUGGAGAAACUGGGAGAAGAUUAUAGAGCUUCUGGGGGUUUUUUCCAGAGAUAUCUCAAGUCAUCAGAAAAUCAAAUAAAUGGAGAGGAAGUCCAAGAGGAAGAAACUUCAGGGGGUACUUCUGGUGAAGACAUUUGGGGAACUCCAACAAGUGGUGGUGAAUUUGAUGACAUGAUGAAUUCUCCAACUUAUGAAGGAAAACAAUCGCCCAACGAUGGAUCUUUAUCGUCUGAAUAUAAUGAUGAUACAGAGCUAAUGAUGGACGAGCUUCUGAUGACUCCACCCAUAACUGGUGCUAUAAUUCGAGGGUUACUGCCUAGGCGAACUCUGGAACCGCUGAUUGAGGAAGACAUUUCCGACACUAAUUCUUCCUCUACAUCUAUCACACCAACUGAACCUUCUUCCUCAUCUGCACAGGACAGCGGACCUGGAAAUGUUGCUGACACAUGUUCGGAUGCUGUAGAAGACCACGUGACAAGUACAGAGAAACCCUCAGUACCUUUAGACGUACCUCAAGUUCAGGUCCUACCGUGUAUCCCGCGAUCACCAAGCUACCGCAAAAUUAUAGAGGCGGCAGAGGAAGAGAUAGUGGAAGACAGUAUGAGUUUCUUCAGCAGGUUCAGACCGACAGCCCGAUUCGCAGGUAUUGAGAAAGUACCAAAAUCGAGGAGUGUCCGAAUAUUUCAGUUUUUUAAUGUUCGUAAGUUGGAAAGAAGAAUUCAUGAAGCCAAUCCAGAUGAAAAAGAGUUGAUACGGUAUUUCAAUGAGAACACGUUGGAAAGUAUGCCAGGGUCAUUCUAUCAGAACUGCACCGGUUCACCGAAAAAACCAAAAAUUUUUUUCAGGAUAAACAAAUGGACAGAACAGAUAGAAGAUUCUGGAAGCAACUGAGUAAACGUCGUGGAAAUAAAACAAAUUCAACAGAUUAAAACAUAAAAUUCAACAUAAAUUUAAGUACCUCCGUCGAACAACGCUACAUAGAUAUAAAUCAAAAUGGUGCUUUUCAUUCAACGACAAGAAUUUACUGUCUUACUGAGAUUUAUUACCAUCAUUUUCAACUUACAACAAGACACCAUCCCAUCCUAAAAUUGUUUUUGCCAGAAAAAGUCAUCAUACCAGAAUGAGUAUUGUGAAAUUCAAUUUUACUUACAUUAUUUUGUUAGUACUGUUAAUAUUCCAUUAUCUUCAAAAUGAACCUUCACUACUUUCAUGGAACAUGAUCCCAGGUAAUUCAAUUGGGCUCAAAUUACCCGAUUUGACAACGCAUCUGGGAUAUUUCACCUGAACUGGAUGGACUUUUGGAAUCGACUACUGAGGUGUUCUUAUUCUCGAUUCGAUUUCCUUGAUCAUCUUCCGAUAAUUUUUACUUUUAUAGAUGCUUUGGCGUCAUACGAACCAUAAUCCGUCACAUUUGUGUGAUAUAGGUGCAAUAUAAGUUUUGUAUGAAAUGUUGAAUAAAUGGUGAAAUAUUG